UGGCAGCAGAGGGGCGCUCCGACAAGAUGGCGUCCGACAUCGAAGUGCGUAUGAAGCAAUGGUGUGUGAUCGAGUUCCUGCACGCGGAACGAUCGAGCCCGUCGACAUCCACCGACGGCUGCUCAACGUCUACGGGGACGCGACGGUGGAUGUGAGCACGUGAGGCGGUGGGUGCCGCAGGGAAGGAUGAGCGACGCCGGCGCUAAGCCCAGCCCGCCGCUGGCUGCCAAGGGGGAGAAGGACACGGCGGAGAAGAGGGGAAGGGGGCGGCCCAGGAAGAAACCAGAGGAUCCCAGCGAAGCGCCCACCCCCAAGAGACCCCGCGGGCGGCCGAAGGGCAGCAAGAACAAGGCCAGCUCCAAAGGCAGGAAAUCCUCCGUCACACCAGGGAUGAAACCUCGAGGCCGACCCAAAAAACCGCAGCAGGACGAGGAGGAGGUGAACAUUUCCCAGGAGUCAUCCGAGGAGGAGCAGUGACCCCUCCUGAACCGCCGCUACCUCAUCACCACCCCCAGGACUGAGGGAGAGGGACGGGGCACAACAUCCCCCCACCCCCCACAGCAGCACCCGGCUUCCUCCCCCUCCUGCCCCGCUCCUUCCUCACCCCCCAAUAUCAGCAGCACUGGAACAGAGGGCUCAGCCCCACAGCCCUAUGGGGGGAGGGACCCCCACCCCGCUCCCCCCAGCACAGUGGGGCAGCCCCACUCCCCCUCACUGCCCGUUUUGGGGUGACCCCCUUUCCCCCAUCGGUUCUGGCUGGGUUUUAUUUUAUUCUUUUAUAUAUAAAUAUAUAUAUAUAAUUUGGGGUGGGGGGGUUAUUUUUUAGCCCUUUUUGGUUCUCCUCUCAUUUACAACUACCUCUGGAUAUUUAAGUUCCUCUCCACCAUUGUGGGGCGGCUGAGCAUCCUUUGCUUUUGGGGUCAUCAUUUUCCUCCUUGUUUCUUUUUGGGGUGCAUUGCUGGGGGUCGCAGCGGGGGAGAUUCCCCCCAAUUCAGGCAUCUGCUCAUUCAUUUCUUUUCCUACUGUUACUUUAAGGGUUCACUCACUGCUGCUCCUGGGUUGGGGGUUUGGGGAUGUCGGGGGUCCCCCCUUGUGCCACCCCCACGGCUGCAGUUGGGGCUGGGGGGGGGGUUUGGUGUCGGGUUUGGGGUGCUGCCAGUGUGGGGCAAUAGGGGGGAUUUAUUACUGUUUAUUUUUUUGUUCCACUGUUACCAACCGCCUGGUUUCCUAUUUGCAGUUACUUGAAUAAAACGUUUUAUGGA